ACCGAUACUUUCAUAGACAAAUAGGCAAUCUUAGUUUAUGGAAUCACAACAACAAAGAAAGGAUUUGAUACCUUUUUGUGUCGGCUAGUCAUCAUCUAUCCUAUUUCAAAAAGAAACCCUCAAGAAACCUCCUCAUUCAUCAUCACUCCUCUCAAUAUUCAAACCCUUAUAACCAUAACCAUUCACCAUCAUCACAACCAAAACCUCAAACUAGAUCCAUCAUAUCAUAAUUGACUCAACACAAUGGGUAACUGCGUAUUCAAAGGCUUCCAUCAUGGAGAUUUUGAAGACAACAACAUGGUAAGAAUUGUAACAUCAAAUGGAGGCAUCAUGGAACUUUAUGCCCCCAUAACGGUCCAAUGCAUAACCAACGAGUUUCCACAUCAUGGAAUCUUCAAAAACAAUUGCAACAUACUCUCUAAACCUCUCAUGAAAAACGAAGAACUUCAAGGUGGUGAAGUUUACUAUCUUCUCCCUCUCAAGAAACAAUUUGGUGAAACAUUCGAAACGUUAACUCCGUAUCGAAUGUCCACGUGCGAUAGGAGUACUAGCAACAAUAAUAAUAGUAACAAUAUAUGGUCUGAACAUGAAGUGUUUCCGAGGUAUAAUAGUAGCGGGGUGUGGAAGGUGAAGUUGGUGAUUAGUCCGGAGAAGUUGUCGGAGAUUUUGUCGCAGGAGUCGAGGACGGAGGCGUUGAUUGAGAGUGUAAGGACGGUGGCGAAGUGCGGGAAUGGGGCGGCGCCGUCGUCGGUGGCAAACUCCGAUCAAUGGAGUGUUUCUAGCAGUUUUAAAGGUUCUAGUUUAUUAGAGAAGUUUAAUUUAGAAUCUUCAAGUUCAAAUUAGUUUAUUUUUCUCCCUUUGUUAAUAUAUUCAUUAGUAGUGGUGAUUAAGAUUUUAUUUUCUUUAUUUGUUUGCUUAGACGUUAAUUACUUUUUCUAAUGAUGUUAAUAACUUUCCUUUUCAAUUUUAGUUCUCGUUUGAUAUAUAUUAAUUUUACCUUUGGUUAUUAUCAUUAUUCUUUUGAUUUGUAUAUACACUUGUGCAGAAUUCAAAAAUCACUUAUUCAUUGAAAACAUGUUUUUGAAUAGCCACAAUUUUCAUCUUAUAAAUCAGAUUUAUAAAGUUGAAUGAAGCAGAACAAUAAUUCAAAAUAAUUGUAUUGUGAUAUAGUAUUCCCUAUUAAAUAUCUACUAAGUAUUUUCACUCAUCAAGUUAAGGGAUCAGAAUUAAUCGGGGAAUGGAGGUUAUGAGAUGUAAAGAUGGACGUUAAUUUCUGAUGUUGUGAAGGUGUGAAAGAGAGGCUGACCUGCAAUAUUAGAAUUUCAACGCUUAAGUUAGUAUGUGAAUGAGAUAACUGAAUAACAUUUAAAUUUGAAAUUGUGUACUUGGCGAAUGGAACACUUUCCAUUUAUAUAGGGGAGCAGUUGUUACCCCGUAAUUCUUCAAUCGGAAUGUGGGGAGCCAUUGGAUAUAUCUUGGACCUGAAUCUGCUACGCUCUUCGCCGGGGUAAUACCUCUGUCUAUAACACAUUAUCUUUCUAUAUAUGAAGAAAGUACUGUUUAUCAUGAACAAAGUAUAUGUGAGAAUUGAAUAUUAUUUAUCAAAUAUUUCCUUAAUUAAUUUACAUUUUCCAUUUGGUUCAUAUGAUAAUAACACUUACAAGUUACAACAUCAUAACAAAUUAUAAAUCUAGGAUUUCAGUAGUUUAAUGGUUGUGAUCACAAUAGGACUCCUAACUACAUGCUUCUCAUCCAUC